AUGUCUGAGAAGGGAUCCUCCAGUCAAUGUUCUCUCGUAGCCCUGGGUCAGUGCGAUGGCCCUUCAAAGUCAAAGGGAGACUUUACAGACGAGGAAUGGCUAUGCUUGAAAAAGCACUGCAUUGAUCCUUACCAAAAACAUGAACAAAAAGUGGCUGGUGUAAGAGUUAUCACAGUGGAUGAGUACCUGUCAAGCAAGGCAGCUGGGGAAGAAGUGCCUUUCAAGCGGUCUCUUAUCCCUGGCCAAAAAUUAUGCAUGCGCUGUACUGCCAUCAUUGUGCCCAUUUUAGCUUCUUAUGCUCCAGCUACUGCAACACCAAGCUCAGACAGCAGUUCUCAAAAUGAAUCACGAGACCUGUUUAGUGAAGAUGGGAACGCGAACGUGCCAUCAAGUGGUGAUCUAUUCAUCGACGACAAACUUGCCUUAGAAACUUUAAAUCAAUCAAUCAAACCCCUUAAUGAAGGACCAAUGGUAAAGAGAAAAAUGGAAACAGAGCCAAGUUAUGUUCCAAGAAAGUUGAAGAGAGUUUAUGGGAAGUUAGAGACUCUGGCUGUUCAAAGUGGUACUCCAAGUUCCUUUGUGAGACGAGAUGAAGAGACAGACUUUGGCUCAAAAGUUUUAGCUGCAUUACAAGAUAAAUUUAAGAACUCCAAAUCAAAUGCGGACAAAAUGUCAGUUCUGUCCGUUGCUUUGGCUGGUUUCAAUCCAAACAAAGUUUUAGAAUUGUUUCAGCCAGUUGGUGCAACUGAUUGGAUGAUAAGGAAGACAGCUGCACUAACAAAGGAACAGGGAAUGUUCCCCACUGCAAUUCCAAAGAAAGCUUCGCUGUCUAUCUCUGAUGAAACUUUGAAACUUGUCCUAAGUCAUUAUGAAAGCGAAGCAAACAGCAGGCAGUUGCCAGGAAAAAAAGACUGCGUCAUUAUCAGAGAGGCUGGAAAGGAGAAGCAGUACGUUCAGAAAAAGUUAAUACUUUGCAAUUUGAAAGAACUUUUUCGGAGUUUUAAGGAAGAAAAUCCGCUCAGCAACAUAUCAUUCUCCAAAUUUGCUAGCUUAAGGCCUGCACAUUGUGUGCUUGCACGUUCUGCAGGCACACACUCAGUGUGUGUAUGUAAGCAUCAUGAGAAUGUCAAGCUUCUAAUGGAGGGUGCUAAUUUCAAGUCUUUCGAUGAAAGUUUGGUUUCAUACAAGGACUUUAUCUCAACUGCGUUGUGUCCCACUCCAUCAGCAACAUGUUUUCUAGAAAGGUGUAAAGACUGCCCCGGCUUCGAACAACUUGAAGACCAUCUGCAUGAUAUUUUGUCUGAAAACUUCAUCGAAAAUGUGACCUACAAGCAGUGGACUGAAGUGGACCGGAGCACACUUGAGACCCACUGUCAGGAAACGGGUCCCUUCUUGGAAGCCUUCAUAGCCAAGCUAGAAAAACUUGCACCACACCACUUCAUAAACAAGCAGCAGUCCCAGUACCUUAAGGAUCUAAAAGAAAAUCUUGGACCUGAUGAAGCCAUAACUAUAUGUGAUUUUAGUGAGAACUAUUCAUUCAUAAUUCAAGACUCAGUUCAAGGUCAUUACUUUAACAAUGAUCAAGCCACCAUACAUCCAUUUGUAACAUAUUACAAAAAAGAAGGGGAAUUGAAAGUUCUGAGCUUUGUUAUUAUCUCAGAUCAUAUGAAGCAUGGAACCACUGCUUUCUACGCAUUUCAGAAGAAACAUGUAGAGUUCUUGAGGACACACAUACCUAAUUUGAAGAAAAUGCAUUACUUCUCUGAUGGAGCGGCCUCUCAAUACAAGAAUGUGUUCAACAUGAUUAAUUUAUCUUACCAUGAGCAAGAUUUUUUUGGCAUCAAGGCAGAAUGGCAUUUUUUUGCCACCUCCCAUGGUAAAGGGCCUUCGGAUGGAGUUGGUGGAGCCAUAAAGAGGUGCGCUGCUAGAGCCAGUAUCCAAGGCACUCUCAUAUCAACGCCUUUGGAAAUGUACAAAUGGGCUAAGGAUGCGAUGCCCACAAUGAAUGUUUGUUACGUUAGCACUCAGGAAGUUAUUGAAGCCCAAGCCUUUCUAGCUCCCCGCUUCAAUCGUGCACUCCAAAUCAACCAAAUUAGAAGCCACCAUAGAUUCUUGCCUGUCUCUGUUGGUGAAUUGGUGGCAAGCAGAUUUUCUUCAUCCGAUGAGUCAGUUUUCGCCCCAGCAGAGCUUAUCAGAAAAAUACCCUCUUUUGAGUCUGUAGAUGUUGGAGAUUACAUUGCCGUGCACUCCAAAGGCAGAACAUGGUGUGUUGCUCAGGUAACCAAUACCGACGUAGACACCCAAUCAAUCAUGGCUGUUCCCCUUGAAGAGAUCAAGAAACCAGGUUCCAUCUAUUACUAUCUUUCAGACAAUAUUGAAGAGCCUGUGCAGCUGGAAAAUGUACUGGCUAAAGUUGAUAUUGUUAAAGUAGCAAAUAAACCAUAUUUUAUGCUAUCUAUCACAGACAAGAUGAGAGUAAGAUGGCAACUUUUAGUGAUCAACUCUAAAAAAUUGAAAAAAUGA